AUGGAACAUCAGAUGAAACCAGUGAAACAGACAAGUUUGCUCAUCUUGGAUCCACGAUUGGAGGCUAAGUGGAGCCAUAUGGUGUUUGAGCACCCUGCAACAUUUGAGUCCUUGGCAAUGGACCCAAAAGAGAAGCAAGCGAUCAUCAAUGAUCUCCUUAAGUUCAGCAAAGGGAAAGACUACUACAAGAAAAUUGGCAAGGCUGGGAAGCGUGGAUAUCUCCUUUACGAGCCACUGGGCACCGGCAAGUCUACCAUGAUCUUUGCCAUGUCUAACCUCAUACACUAUGAUGUCUAUGAUCUCGAAUUAACUAUUGUCAAGGACAACACUGAGCUGAGGAAGAUGUUGAUCGCCAUAACUGGCAAGGCGAUUAUCGUGAUCAAGGACAUUGAUUGCUCGCUUGAUCUUACCGAACAUCGAGAGAAAAAGAAGGAAGAGAAGGAGAAGAAAGAUGGAGAUGAAAAGGACUCAAUUCCUAAAAGGCCUAAAGAAGAAGAAGCCACAACGAGCAAGGUCACUUUGUCUGGGCUGUUGAACUUUACUGAUGGGAUUUGGUCAGCUUGUGGAGAGGAGAGACUGAUUGUGUUCACCCCUAACUAUGUGGACAAACUCGAUCUUGCUUUCAUUAGAAGGGGAAGAAUGGACAAGCAUAUUCAGUUGUCCUAUUGUUGCUAUGAAGCAUUCAAAGUGCUUGCCAGGAAUUAUUUGGAUGUAGAAUCACAUGAGUCGUUUGGAUCCAUCGAGCGUUUGUUGGGGGAAAUCAAUAUGACCCCGGCUGAUGUUGCUGAGAAUUUGAUGCCUAAAUCUGAUACAGGGGAUGCAGACUCUUGUUUGAAGAGCUUGAUUUGAGGCUGCUAAGGUGGAGGCAAGAGUGAAGGCAGAGGAAGAAGCAAGCAAGAAGCAGAGGAAGAAGCAAAAUAAAAGGUAGAGAAAGAAGAGGAAGAGAAGGAAAUAUCUUGUAAUGCUAAAGACGAGGUGAAAUGUAAUGGAACAAAAGAUGAACUGAAAGGAACAUCAGUUGCAGAAGUCAAAGAAAAUGGUGUGACCCCGUGAAGAAGUUAUGCCCCUUGAACAAGGCAUUAGG